AUGUACAUUCUUCUCGUGUGCGCGGACCUCUUUGGGGAGAAGUGCAACUUGGAGCUUGGCUUCUCUUCCAUGCCGACAAUUGCGGAGCUGCAGCGAAAAGUGUUGGAGGUGUUUCAGAUGGAGGCCAGCAUGCGACGACCGCCAGGGUACCCUGUGGCGAAUUUCACCAUUGUUCGCGUUCAGAUAUACGACGAUGCGCUCCUGAAGUGGGUGGAUCUCGUUUCGCAGACCCAGAUGCAUGAGUACGACCAGUUGUAUGUCUUUCAGCCGCAGACAUCAUGGCACACAGAUGUGCAGAAGGAUCUUCCACCGCCUCGUCCCCCAUCGCAAAGUUGCGCCGCAUCUGCGGUUCACUCGAUGGUGAAUUCGCCGUAUAAAAGUGCGGCUCCUUUAAGAAACGCGUCGUAUAGACACGAUACCCCGGGCGCAUCUACAAAUAGCAGCAUUGUUUUUUCACCCACAAAGAUGCUGUUGGAGGAGCAACGACGACGGGAGUAUGCGUUGCAGGAGGAAUUGAAUCGUGUUCGUGGGGAGUCAGCGCGGCUUGAGCGCGAGCUCAAUAUUGAAGAAGAAGAUAAUCGGGUACGUGGGCAGGAACAAAAAAUUCGCAUCCUACGUCAAAAAGAAGAGGAGGUUCGUCGUCAGCGAGAGAUACUUAUGCGCUGUGAAGAGGAGUUCCGCCAUCUUCAGUCUGACACCGUGCAGUAUUAA